AUGGCGAGCCCCGCGCCCCCGGAGCGCGCUGAGGCGGGAUGCCCGGCUCCGGCUGCGGCUGCGGAGCUCCCGCCGCCGCCGCCGCGGGCUCCCCGGCGAGAGGAGGAGGCUCGGGAGGCGGCGGCGGCCGGCGAGCGGCCGCAGGUGGAGGAGGCCGCGGGCUGGGUGGUGGCCGCCGUGACCUGGCUGCUGGGCGAGCCUGGGCUGUGGCUGGGCUGCCGCGCCGGCGAGCUCCUGAGCUGGCGGAGGCCGCUGCGCAGCCUGCUCGCCUUCGUCGGUGCCAACCUGCUGUUUUGGUUCCUGGCAUUGACUCCAUGGAGAGUGUAUCACCUGAUUUCCGUCAUGAUACUUGGGCGUGUUCUUAUGCAAAUAAUAAAGGAUAUGGUUUUGUCUAGAACGAGAGGUGCACAGUUGUGGAGAAGCCUCAGUGAAAGCUGGGAGGUUGUGAAUUCUAAACCAGAUGAAAGGCCUAGAUUCAGCCACUGUAUUGCAGAAUCAUGGAUGAAUUUCAGCAUAUUUCUUCAGGAAAUGUCUCUUUUUAAACAGCAAAGUCCUGGCAAGUUUUGUCUCCUGGUCUGCAGUGUGUGCACAUUUUUUACGAUCUUGGGAAGUUACAUUCCUGGGGUUAUACUCAGCUAUCUAUUGUUGUUGUGUGCAUUCUUAUGUCCGCUGUUUAAGUGUAAUGAUAUUGGACAAAGAAUAUACAGCAAAAUCAAGUCAGUUUUGCUGAAGCUAGAUUUUGGAAUCGGAGAAUAUAUUAACCAGAAGAAACGUGAGAGAUCUGAAGCAGAUAAAGAAAAAAGUCACAAAGAUGACAGUGAAUUAGACUUGUCAGCUCUUUGUCCUAAGAUUAGCCUCACAGUUGCCGCCAAAGAGUUAUCUGUGUCUGACACAGAUGUUUCCGAGGUGUCCUGGACGGAUAAUGGGACCUUCAACCUUUCAGAAGGAUAUACUCCACAGACAGACACUUCAGACGAUCUUGAUCGACCUAGUGAGGAGGUAUUCACUCGCGAUCUUUCAGAUUUUCCAUCUCUAGAAAAUGGCAUGGGAACAAAUGAUGAAGAUGAAUUAAGCCUUGGUUUGCCCGCUGAUCUAAGGAGGAAAAAAGAGAAGCUGGACAGCGGUCAUACUCCAGGCAAAGAGAAGCAAUCAGCAGCUGGUCUCAGCCUCCCGUUGAACAAUGACCAAACCUUGCAGCUGAUGAGCAGCCUGGCUGGGGAUGUCAUCACAGCCGCAGUGACCGCUGCUGUCAGAGGCCAGCUAGAAGGCGCCGCUCAGCAAGCACGUUCUCAGGCUGCAGCCAGCCCAGCAGAGGACACAGACACUGAAGAAGGGGAUGACUUUGAGUUACUUGACCAGUCAGAGCUGGAUCAAAUUGAGAGUGAAUUGGGACUUACGGAAGACCAGGAGGCAGCAACACAGCAAAAUAAGAAGUCUUCUGGCUUCCUUUCAAAUCUACUUGGAGGCCAUUAAUCUGGGAAUCACUUGCAACAGAGCACAGAUAAACCACCAAAAAUUGCAAACAAGCAAAAAAAAAAAAAAAAAGGAAAAAAUUUUGAACUGUAAGCUUUAUGAUUACUUUAGAUUUCUUUGUUUUAUUUUCCCUUCUGCAGUGACUAUAUUGGAUAUGUAUCAGCUGACACUGAUAGAUUGAUAUUUCUGAUAGUUAUUUUUAUGUAAUAAGCAUGGAAAUGAACUUUAUAUAUGUAUACUUACUGUGUUGUCAGAGAUGAAUAUUAGGGAUUGUUUUUAAAUAAAAAGGAAAGAAUCCAAAACCACCAAAUUAUUAUGAUCUCCCUGUAAGUAUUCUUUAUUUUUUCUUUAUAGUUAAUUUUUCAAGCAUGCAAGAACAGUCUAUUAUAAAUUAUUGAAAAAUAUAAACAAUUAAUUAUGAGUACAUGCUGUAUCAGCUCCCUUAUUCCUAAUACUUUGGGGAAAAACUGAUAGAUUUUGAUGUAAAAAGGCAGAAAUUAUCAUGUAUCUUCAGUUGAGGGGCCUAGGGAAGACCAUCAAAAUAAAUUUCCUAGGAGAAAUUUUAGAAAUGUGUUUUAAAUAUUAUGGAUAGGCUGAAACAUUUCCAUAUUUUUUCUGCAGUUAUAGAAUUUGGCUUACUUGGGAAGUGUCAUGUUCCACUGACUGCCAUUUCUUGCCAUGGCUGAGAUGAACCCAUAAAAUGCAAGGAGUGAUAUCCUAGUAGCCAAAGUGGAUGAUGGAUAUGAUAUCAACAGAUUAAGCUGUUUUAUUGUUCAUUUUCAUAUGUUUGUAAUAGGGGUGAUGAAAGUGUGAAUCUGUUCUGUCUGCUGAGACCUAAGUUAAACCCUUACCUUUUAUAUUUUAUCAUGGAUAAAAAUCUACAAUUGUGAAGCUAGUUCUUGAUAUGUUCUACAAGAGAUGUUAUCAGCAAUAAAGAAACAGUAACUCUGUUUUCUUGGUCUGUCUA